AUGGACAAGCUCGACGCCGUCCCCAAGCUCGACGAGCCGCUGCAGCAGCCGCACCACGAGGUUGCUCCCACCCGCUCUGACCGUCCCAUCGCCGAGACUCGUCAGGCCUACGGCCCCCCUGGUUUCCGCGGUCUCUUCCACUCCAGCUAUGUCGCCCUCUGUGCCGCCUUCUCCGCCAUGGGCGGCCUCCUUUUCGGCUACGACCAAGGUGUGGUCUCGGUGAUCCUGGUCAUGCCGCAGUUCCUCGAUCAAUUCCCGCGCGUUUCAGACACCGCGUCGGGCGCCGGCUUUUGGAAGGGCUUGCUGACGGCCAUGAUCGAGCUCGGUGCGCUACUGGGCGCCUUCAACCAGGGGUGGAUUGCGGAUAAGAUAUCCCGAAAGUACUCCAUCGUGCUGGCCGUCUUCAUCUUCACCAUUGGCUCGGCGCUCCAGACCGGGGCCGUCGAUUAUCCAAUGCUUGUCGUCGCCCGCCUGAUUGGCGGCGUCGGCAUCGGCAUGUUAUCAAUGGUCGCACCAUUGUUCAUUUCCGAGAUCUCGCCCCCCGAGAUCCGCGGCUCGCUACUCGUGCUCGAAGAGUUUAGCAUCGUCACCGGAAUUGUGAUUGCUUACUGGAUCACUUACGGCACGCAGUACAUCCCGAGCGAAUGGUCGUGGCGCCUGCCCUUCCUCCUGCAGAUCAUCCCGGGCCUGGUUCUCGGCAUUGGCAUCGUCUUCCUGCCCUUCUCCCCUCGCUGGCUCGCCUCCAAGGGUCGUGACCAGGAGGCUCUCGAAAGCCUUGCAAAACUGCGCCAGCUGCCCAAAUCUGAUACCCGCGUCGUCCAGGAGUGGUACGACAUCCGCACCGAGGUUGCUUUCCAGAAGGAGAUUGCCCAAGAGAGGCACCCGAAGCUGUUUGGCAGCAGGAAGGCCAUCGACCGUGCCAAGCUGGAGCUUGUGUCAUGGUCCGACUGCUUCAAGAAGGGGUGCUGGCGCCGCACUCACGUCGGCAUGGGUCUCAUGUUUUUCCAGCAAUUCGUCGGCAUCAACGCUCUGAUCUACUAUGCACCGACGCUGUUCGAGACCAUGGGGCAGGAUUAUGAUAUGCAGCUCGUGUUGGCCGGUGUGCUGAAUGUCGCCCAGCUCGUUGGUGUCUCGUCCUCGCUUUGGUCCAUGGAUCGCUAUGGCCGGCGGCCUCUUCUGCUUUGGGGCGCAGCUAUCAUGGGUAUUGCGCACAUCAUUAUUGCUGUCUUGGUAGGCAAAUUCGAUGACAACUGGCCUGCGCACAAACCCCAAGGAUGGACCAGCGUUGCUUUCCUCUUCCUAUACAUGCUCGCUUUUGGCGCUUCCUGGGGCCCCGUACCCUGGAGUCUCCCGGCCGAAAUUUUUCCUUCGUCUCUGCGCGCCAAGGGCGUGGCGCUGUCGACGUGCUCGAAUUGGCUUAACAACUUCAUUAUCGGCUUGAUCACACCCCCGCUCGUCCAGAACACAGGCUUCGGCGCUUACACCUUUUUCGCUGUAUUUUGCAUUCUGGCAUUCGUCUGGACGUUCUUCUUUGUGCCGGAGACCAACGGUAGGUCGCUCGAGCAGAUGGACCACGUUUUCAAGGACAAGAGCAGCGAGGGUGAAGAAGCCCGGAGAAUACGCAUCGAGACGGAGAUCAUGGGACGGAUUCCGGUUGGCUCGGACGUCGAGUCGGCGGAUGCUGUCAAGACAUAG